AUGGUCUCGACUGGUUUCUCGAUCGCCAUUUUUGCAUUGGUAAAGGCAACAUGCCCGGUCUAUGCAUCGUCUAUCUUAUUCUCUUCUGGCACUAUCAUUGCCUAUGACAAUGAGGUCAACGAUCUCAAUGUUAUUAGAAAUGGCAAUCUUCUAGUUGAACGCGACCGUAUCACCGCUAUAUGGUCGGCCGACAAGGAGGCCCCUGUUUCUGUGCCAUCAGACACAGAGGUUAUAGACAUUUCUGGCAGAAUCCUCACGCCGGGAUUCAUCGACACCCACAGACACGGCUGGCAGACUCUCUUUAAGACCAUGAUGUCAAACAUCACUCUCGUCGAGUACUUUGGCCGCUUUUCCGAGUAUGCCGCUGCCGGUCGCCUCGACGCUGAACAAGUUUACAUCAGUCAGCUUUCUGGCCUCUAUGAGGCGCUCAAUGCGGGCACCACCACAUCGCUGGACCACGCUCAUCAUACCUGGUCAGACGAUACAGCUUGGGCAGGUUUGAAUGCCAGCAUCGACAGUGGAGCGCGAGUGUUUUGGUCAUACGCUUUCCAUGAGGUUGCCAACUACACCAUCUCGCAGCAGCUCGUCAACUUUCGCGACAUUGUAGAAUCGGCUUCGGUGAAGGAUACGCCUGUUAGCAUUGGCGUGGCUUUUGACGGCUUCACCCCUGCUACUGCCAACUCCAAAUCGGUAGAUGAGGUCUUCAGCCUUGCCAGAGAGCUUGACGUUGCUGUCAUCACUACGCAUAGCAGCGGCGGUCCAUAUGGGGCCGAUAACUCCCCAGUGAACCUGAACGCUCUCGAUAUGCUGAACAUAAGCAUCCCUGUUGUCUUCUCUCACGUUACAGCCCUCACCCACGAAAGCGCCAUGCUGUUGCGUAGCACCAAUCAGCACAUAGCAAUUACCCCAGAGACUGAAAUGGGAAUGGGAAUUGGACACUCGUACAGUGCGCUAAUCAUGGACCAAGCUGCUCUGGGUGUUGACACUCAUGCGUACGGUUCGACCGACUUGAUGAUUCAAGCUCGCCUGUGGCUGCAAAGCACACGCGAGAAGAUCAAUGACAAGAUUCUACAGAACUGGCAGAUCCCGGCAACGUCCCCUAUGAGCGUUGCCCAAUCCUUCCUCCUCGCCACGCGAAACGGCGGUCUUGCUCUGCGCCGCCCGGACCUGGGCGUGUUGAGUGUUGGUGCCAAGGCUGAUGUUGUCGUCUGGGACGGCACCGGCCUCGGCAUGCUCGGCUGGGUCGACCCUGUGGCUGCAGUUAUGCUGCAUUCCAGUGCCGGCGAUGUCGAACACGCCCUAGUCGACGGCAAGUUUGUUAAGCGUCAUAACAAGAUUGUUGCUGGAAACUUGGAAAAGACCAAGGCGCGUUUCCUGAAGGCUGCCAAGCGGGCACAGGAUGAUUGGCGAAAGAUCCCCUAUCCGGAGAGGGAGGAACUCUUCUCGACAGGCGCUAGACUUCGGGACCCUGAACCUGUAGAUGUUCAGGCUGGGGACGGCAACGGCUAUGGUCAACUUUUCCUCUAG